AUGAUAAUUUGUCAACACUGCUUAUUAAAAAGGUUGCCAUCAAUCAAAGGGUAACCAAAUCAUAUCAACACUUUACAUAAGAAAACAUUAUUAUAGAGGAUAUAUAUAACAGGAUAAGAUGGAUACUUCAAGUGUUUUAGAGAAAUAUACUCAAGAUUUAUCCAACUUACCUUUGGAAAUUCGACAUUUAUUGGAAGAAAUACGGAAUAAAGAUGUUCAAGUUUUAGAAGCACGAAAACGUUAUCAAGCUAAAGAUAAUCAAUUGCAUAAGUUCAUUAGAGCGAACGGGACUCUUACUAAACAUCCUAAGGAAUCACAAUUAUAUAGUAAGAUUGAAGAAGAUAUGAAAUUAGUCCAAAAAUUACAAAAAGAGAAGAUUUUAUUAUCGAAUACAGCAUUGUUUUUAGUAUCGAAACAUUUAUUUCAUUUUGAAACUGAUAUUGCAAAGUUGGAAAGAGAUGAAUUGUUACCCCUUGUGGAAACAUCAUUUGAAGAUGGAGAUUCUGGAUUUAAAAAUGAAAUUAAUAAUGCUUUAAAUGGUAUAUCAGAAAGUUUAUCAGCAACACCCACAUCAAGAACUGGUACGGCUCAAGGUACCCCUGCUGUUGAAAGUAUAAAGAAACAACAACAAAAGAGAAAACAAACGAUUACUAUCAAGGGUACUAUAUCAACUUCAAGACCAUUAAAGAGAGUUAAAUCAGAAGAAGUGGAAGAUAAUAAUAAUAAUAGUAAUAAUAAUAAUAAUAAUAAUAUAAGGAUAAAACUUACAUCAGGACCUGAUAAUGGAAGUUCGUUAGGUUCAGGAUUAAGUCAUGGAUCAAGUCUUAAUUUGAUGGGAGGAAAUGGAGGAGAAAAUGGACCUCUGAAUAAUGGAGAAGAUGCUGAUAAUAAUUUAUAUUGCUUCUGUCAACGAGUUUCAUUUGGAGAGAUGAUUGGAUGUGAUAAUGAUGAUUGUAAAUAUGAAUGGUUUCAUUGGAGUUGUGUUGGUAUUACAUCUCCACCUAAAGAUGAUGAGAUUUGGUAUUGUCCUGAUUGUGCUCCUAAAAUGGAGAAGAGAAAGAAGAAGAGAAAGGUAUAAUAAUGUAUUGUAUAAUUACGAUAUUAGGUUACGAUAAAAGGUUUACGAUAAUUGCUAUAUAGUAAAGGAACAGAAAUAUAAUAUAAUAUAUAGUUAAUUCUAUUAUUAGCUCAAACAGCAAUAAUGACAAUAUGAUUACACAAAAAUUUUAAUAAUAAUGUAGCGGAAGGGAGGAAGGGGAGCGUGUAUUAUUAAAAGUUUAUCGUGAAUGUCAACUAUAAAUUAAACUUAUUGACAUGGAUUGAUAGUAUUAUACAGUAUUUAUAUAAUACAAUCUCCAUCUAAUCGACCAAGAAACACCAUCAGAUCAUAGUGAUAUAGCAUCCAUCUAUCUCUAUUAAGGAUAUAUUUCGCGUCU